AUGGAUGGUCACUAUGUGGAUCGAUGCAACAAACGAUAUGAUCACCAUGGUCAUACCUUUGAAGCUCAGCUUACUGAAGCCCUCACCUCAUCAUGUUCCAUCUCUAGAAUCUUAGAUAUAAGAGCUUUAGCCCAUAUGACUCCAGCUCAAUCCAACUUGGAUCAGUCCACUUCUCAUAUGGGUAAAAAUUGUGUUAUUGUCGAGAAUGGUGUGUCCCUACCCAUCACCCACACUGAAUCGCCAAACAGGAAGGAUGGUGGAAAACCGGUAAAUGAGAUGGUGGCUUAUAUCAACAACUCCAAGCUUCUUGACAAUUUUACUUGCAAGCUCAAUUCUGAGUUUGCUACUAAGGAUUUGGGUUCUCUCAGUUACUUCCUUGUUUUUGAAGCUACCUCCACCACUGAUGGUCUUCUUAUCAGUCAACUAAAAUAUGCACAGGACAUUUUCACACGUGCUCAGUUACUUAAUAGCAAACUAGUCCACACUCCAAUGGUUGUUUCCCAACACUUGUCCACACAUGGUCCUUUGUUUUCGGAUCCCAUGCUUUAUAGAUCACUCAUUGGUGCUCUUCAAUACCUGGCUAUCAUACAUCCUGAUAUUGCUUAUGCUAUUCAUUAUGUCAGUCAAUUUCUCCAUUCUCCAACUAAAGACCAUUUCGUCGCUGUCAAACGUAUUCUUCGCUAUAUUAAGGGCAUACUGCAUUUUGGCGUCACUUUUCAUCCAUCUACUGCUCCUGGUGCUUUAGUUGCUUACUCCAAUGCAUACUGGACAGGAUGCUCUGAUACUCAUUGGUCUACCUUUGGUUAUUUUAUUUAUCUUGGCAAUAAUUUGGUGUCUUGGAGUGCAAAGAAACAACCUGUUGUUUCUCACUCUAGUUGUGAAUCUGAGUAUCGUGCCUUGGCUCCCACUACUGCCAAAAUUCUUUGGCUCACACAUGUCCUUCAUGAUCUCAAAUUCCCUAUUCCACAGCAACCUCUUCUACUUUGUGACAACAAGAGUGCAAUCUUCUUGAGUUAUAAUCCCGUCUCUCACAAGCAGUCCAAGCAUGUUGAGCUAGACUACCACUUUCUUGGUGAACUUGUUCUUGGUAGCAAGCUUUGCACCCAGUAUGUGCCCUCUCAUUUGCAAGUUGUCGACAUCUUCACCAAAGUGUGUCAAGACCUCUCUUUGCAUUCUUCCGAUCCAAACUUCAUGUACGUUCAAAUUCGACACUCAGCUUGCGGGGGGUGUUAA